AUGAAGGGAAGAAUGCUUUCACAUAUCAAAAGAGAGAUGUGGCAAAAUGCAAAUUCUUAUGUUCAAAUCAAUAUCUACAACAUGAGCGUCAAGGGACUUCGUGAUCGCGGAGUGGAUAUCAAGCAUAUGCUACAGCAUAUUGGAUGCCGUUCUGUCGUGCUGGAUGUCCCACUUCUUACACCUGACUCACAAAAUCCUUCAACUCGUGUUCGUCGGCGCAAAACAUUCGCCGGAUUUCGCGCAAAAAAUGGUUCCGUGAUAGGCGAAGGCCCUGAUUCUGACGGAACGUGCUCAUUUUUGGAAGCAUCUAGGGAUGAUGUGGACUACUCCCUUUCGAAAGAAGAACGUCCUCUAACUUCCACUCCGUAUCCAGGAAAAGAAAAUGCUUGCUUUGGGAGUUUUUUGAAUGCAAAUUCAGAAGGAGAUUUGAUGAGUGGAUUUCUUGUGCUCGUUCUGAAAUUUUCGCAACUUCGAUCUCAAAAUGACCUA